UAUAGUUCAUUCAGGAAUGAUUGACAUCCGGGUGGCUAUGGAAAAUCAAAAAGUUGGUAAUAGCCAAGCUGAGAUUUUGUAUUGCGGAAUUCAGAUGUCAUAAAAUAUGGAUAUCAAGAAGCUGAGGUCUCCUUUCAAAAGUAUCUACGAUAUUUAUGAUGUUUUGAAGCUGUGGAAUACAUUUCUGGGAGUUGCAUGCUUCAGCACUACUGAAGGAAUAGAUGGUAGAAAAAUAUAUUUUUAUGAUAAAGGAGAUAAUAUCUUACCUGCAGUCGUGAGUGCCAUAUCCUUCACAUCAUUCUCUAUGGUUUUCUUUCAACGAUUCUAUCAAAUGGAUACGGAGGUGGAUGACCUGAUCUUCAAGGGCUCGUAUUUUUUCAUCUGCUCCGGAGCAAUAUUGUGCCGUUUCACAUUCGUCCGAAGAAUGGAUAGAUUCUUGAACGCUCAUACUCUCAUAGAGGAAGUUGACGCUAUGUUGAGGAAAAGGGGAAUAGAUGUGAACUACGAAGAUAGCAGAGCAAUGGCGAAGACAAUCAUGAAAUACACUUUCUGCACCACUUUCGUUAUAUACCUUAAUUAUGCUGAUCAAAAAGUAGCUGAGGAUACUAGAUUGGAUCAUUUUAUAUUUGUAUUUCUCGGAAUUUCAUUCAGUAUCGCUACCAUCUUGAUGGAAGUCGCUUAUCUCUCACAAAUGGCUAUAAUUAUUCGGCAGAGAUUAAAACAGUUAGGCAUACACUUAGUGAAAUUGAGAAAAACAAGAAAUAGUAAAUUGGUUGAACAGGAACUUCAAAUGAUCGCGACAGUGCAUCUGAAACUGUGCAAGUCAUGGGGAUUAAGUGCAGAUGUUCUUGGACCAGCUAUAAUCUGUCUACAUGGUGUCUUUUACCUUUAUUGUUUUUUUCCCCUAAUUUUGUUCGAUUACAUUCUUCCUCGUAUGAAGUACGAAAUGGCACCCAUGUUAAUUCUGCUGUUCCUCAUAAUGUCGAAAAUACUGAGUUUACUCGCUAAACUCAAAGAGGAGGGAAACAAAUUGAAGAAAACUGUGAUCGAAUUCAACUUGGAUGAAGGAAUUAAUGAACCUAUUAUUGGAAAAAUGUGUAAAACUCUUCUGCUGCAGAUGGAACAUAUCGAGAUAUCAAAUGUUUUCAACGGAUUUUUUGUGGUAGAUGCAGAAGCUCUACUUGCUGGAAUAAAGUCUUGUUCGACCUACAUGAUGUUUUUUCUUCAAUUGAACAAUUCGAAUAUGUUCUAAGUAAGUGACAAGGAGACUUUAGGGCUAAACAUGAAUAAUAAUCAUAAUCUACAUCAAACAUAUUGUUGUAUUGAGAUUGUAAUGCUCUUUUGUGACUUUCAAACUAUUGUUUCUUUUCUGUUGCAAAGGAUGAUUUUCACUCAAUGUAUGUACAAGAUAGAUCAAAUGAAAAAAUGAAGACA